CCAAUGGCUGGUGCAAGGUGGCCAGGAACGCUGAAACGCGACAGAAGACGGUGGACGAAAGAGAGAAGGAGGAAAAAAAAAAACUCACAACAGAGGCAUUUCUGGAUGGACAAUGAGGAUGAGAGCGCCACGGGAGCGUCCGUAGGAACCGCUGUUGAGUCAGGGAGCCGUCGCGCUUUAGGCGUGCGUCACUUUGUGUGUCUCGUCAAGGGAACUGCGUGGAGAGAGAAGCGGUAAGUGAGCAGAAACCCACAAAAACACCUGCGUCGAGACGGGUACCUGCGAAGGACGCGAGAAGAUGACUUUCGGUUCUCGAGAGACUUAGAAGCAGCUGAAACUUGAUGAAACAUUUGGACAGAAACCUUAUAGAGCCAUUGUGUCCUCGUAUUUUGAAUAACUGAUGUCAAACUUAAGAAACCUUUAGAUCUCAGCCAGUCAGAUCAUUCCCUGGGCUGUAGCUUUUUGCUCAGGUCAAUCAUAAAAACAAUCAACUUAGAACAUCUAUCUUAGUACUGUUAAGCUCAUUUUUUUUUCUUAUUUAAGGGUGAAUACAGUAAAAAGAAGUACCAGCAUAUCCCAACAUUUAGUAAGUUUUUGUAAUAAAAAAUAUCAGCACUAAUACUCCAUGAUUUGGAAUGGACCAAAAUUUGAUCCUCAUUCACAUGCUAUCACACACCUGGAACUGGGCUAUCACUGUAGGCACUGUGAGCCACUGACUCCUGGGAGCCCCAACCCUCCCCAAUGAAGCAAUCCUGGUGGGCCCGCCUGGCACAGCCUGGCCUGCUUGCUGCCUGGACCUGUAUAUGGCUGGUGCAGGGAUGCGGACCGGGCCCUGGGUACGGCAUCCGCUCCAGGCCCAGGAAACUCACAGCCAUGCACUACAAGCAGUUUUUCCCCAACUUCUCAGAAAACAACCUCGGGGCCAGCGGGAGAGCAGAGGGCAAGAUCACACGCAACUCUGAGCGCUUCAACGAACUUGUGUGCAACUACAACCCAGACAUUAUCUUCAAAGAUGAGGAGAACACCAAUGCAGACCGCUUCAUGACCAAGCGAUGCAAGGACUGUUUGAACAGGUUGGCUAUUGCAGUGAUGAACCAGUGGCCAGGGGUACACUUACGUGUGACAGAGGCCUGGGAUGAGGACGGGCACCAUCCUCCUGGCUCUCUGCACUAUGAAGGCCGGGCCGUGGAUAUAACCACCGACGACAGAGAAACAGAGAAGUACGGUCUGCUCGCCCAGCUGGCUGUGGAGGCUGGCUUUGACUGGGUCCACUAUGAGUCCAAAUAUCAUAUCCACUGCUCAGUAAAAGCAGGUAAGUUUAAAGAGGGAGCUGUCAUGGAAGAUCAUGCUGUUAACUGUGUCAGAUGGUGUAUCAGGACAUUUAAGACAGAAAAGGAACAUAAUCUGUGUUUAGUCAUCUUGGCUUUUUCUGCUGACCUUCCUGCAGAUCACUCUGUUGCAGUGGAAAAAGGUGGCUGCUUCCCAGGCUGGGCCCGGGUGACUGUAGCUGGAGGGGGACAGAAGACCCUGUCAUCACUGGCUCCUGGGGACAGAGUCAUGGCCCUGUCUGGGACAGGCCAAGUUGUGUUUAGCCAAGUCAUUUUGUUUCUGCACCAGGACCAAGAAAGCUGGUCUACUUUUCUGUCUCUGGAGACAGAAGAUGGCCAUAGAUUAACUCUUACUCCACAUCACUUGGUCUUUUUAUCCCCCCACUGCAGACUCGACAGCAGCGAGUACCAGGCUCAGUUUGCAAGCAGAGCCAAAACAGGACACUGCGUUCUCAUCCAUACAGCAGAGGGUCAUGUACGUCCAUCGCGAAUCAUCUCAGUUUCGGUAGAGGAGAGUAUGGGAGUGUAUGCGCCCUUGACAGAAGCUGGAACUUUGUUUGUUGAUGGAGUGCUUGCAUCCAACUAUGCACUGGUGGAGCACCACAGCCUCGCACACUGGGCGUUUGGACCUGUGCGACUCCUGUCCUCGUUCAUCCAGCUGCUUUGGGGGGAGACAAUAAAAGAACAGCAGACCACUGACAGUGAAACAGCUUGCACUAAGACUCCAUUUCAUUGUAGCACUUCGGCCACAAAGGACAAAACAGGUGUAUAUGUGAAUAGUGGCAAUCUGAACAAGCAAGACAAUGCGAGUGAACCUCUGAUGAUGGAAAUUAAAGAGAAGCACUUCUUGCAAAGACAGACAUCACAUGUGCACUGGUAUGCCAGAUUACUGUACAGUUUUGGAUGGAUCUUUUUAGACUCCAACUCAUUUCAUCCCUAAAAGCCUAAACCCAUAGACUUAACACAUGCUGUACUGCGAUUUACACUAACACUUCCUUUUCUUUUCUUCAAUAAAAAAUAAAAGCAUUGAAAUGGCUUGUUUUUUUCCCACUAGUUUUUAUACUACAGUUUAUCAUAAUGAUAUAUAUUCUACAACAUAAAUACAGGCACAGAUUGUCUGAGCAGGUUGAUGUAAAAAUGGCAAUACCAAGAUGACUGUAUCAUAGUCUAUUUGUACAUCAUGUUAUUUCAUUUAAUUAUUUCAGUUAUAUAUGUAAAAUAUAUAUAUAUUAUUCUAAUGGGAUUGCAACGAAUUUUCCCACAAUAGAAUCUUUAUUUUUGUACUUUCUGAAUCAUAAUAUAUAAAUAUUUCAUUUUAUCAUAAUAAUUCCACUACAUGUACUGUAUGUCCUCACGUGUUCAUGUCAUAAAACAAAUUAAAAUGUCAUUUUAUU